CCCUCAGCUCGCUGAGGCAAGAUCCAUGUGCGCGAGCUCUUCAGUUUGCCGCCACGUGACGUGCUCACUUUCCCUUGCGAGUUUGACAGGAGUUUCGACGGGGCUUUUUUCUCCGCAGCUCCGCGGAGGAGGGAGCAGCCGCCGCCCUCCUUGUCCUCGGAGCCCCGACUUCGGCUUGCCUAGCCUGGACUACUUCUCCGUCCACGCUGCGGAGAAGCAAGGAAGUUGCGCUCUUCGCAAUCGGAGACAUACUGACCCGCAGCUCCCAUCCGAGAAUGUCGGAGCCCAGCACCCAGACGGCGGCGGCGAGGGACCAGGAGUCCCGAAGCCCGGCGGCCCAGCUGCUUUGGGGGCUGCGUUGGGGCCUCCUGGAGGAGCCCCUGGGAUUCAUUAAGGUGUUGCAGUGGCUGUUUGCCAUAUUUGCCUUUGGAGCCUGUGGUUCAUUCAGUGCAGAAACAGGGGCUACUGUGAAAUGCAGUGCAGAACCUAAAGAGACAACUGCUAUCACUGUGCAGUUUGGAUAUCCUUUCAGGUUGUACAAGGUUCCAUUUGAUAUGCCAGACUGUAUUCAAGGAUCUACUGCUAAAAGGGUGCUGCAUCUCAUGGGAGACUUUUCAGCACCUGCUGAAUUCUUUGUGACCUUGGGUGUCUUUUCUUUCCUGUAUGCCAUGGCAGCUCUUGCAGUAUAUCUAAGAUUUCACUCAUUCUACAAAGAGAAUAAGAAGCUACCUUUUGUGGAUUUCUGUGUGACCGUCUCAUUUACCUUUUUCUGGUUAGUGGCAUUUUCAGCUUGGGGCAAGGGCCUGUCUGAUGUGAAAGGUGCUACACGACCUUCUAACCUGAUUGCUGCCAUGUCAGUGUGUCAACACAAAACUGCUAUAUGCAAUGCUGGGGCCACACCUUCUAUGGGCCUGGCCAACAUCUCUGUGAACAAGAGCCUUUAUGGAAUCCUGUGGCACGUCUGCAGUGAAACCACAAAGAAUGAAGCAUACGAUCAUCCCUUGUGGUGCUGCAAUGUCCAGAUUUUCUUGCAACAUGAGGACUGGUAUAAUACAAAAAGAAAACUGCCUAGUUAGUAGGAAAGAGGUCUUCCUCCAGUUUUCAGUCCAACUAUUUUCUAGAAAGACUUCUCCCGGUGAUUUAAACACACGCCCGCACACACACCACCACAUACACACCAUGUCUCUGGCCAAAUACUACUCCAUCAUUGGAAGCAACUUCUUGCAUGGUAGUGUGUUCCAUGACUGACGAUUACAGUGGGUGCUGUGCUAGAAUCUGAAGCACUUGAAAGUACAAACAUUAUUGAAACCUGAGAAAGGCGAUCAACCCUCCAUAUCUCCCCAGCUGGAUUUCUUGUAUACAUGGCUAAUUCCUCCUGUGUCUUAUGUUUUCUAAUUUCUUAAAGGUUUGUCUGAGGUCCUCAGCUGGUAUUAAUUGAUAUUGAGUGCUGCCAGUUCAUACCAGCUGUGUGUAAGCCAUGGCAAAGCCUGAACAAUGCUGCUUCAAACAUUGGAAAUGUUCUUUGUAAACGGAUAUUAGAAGCAGGAAUAAAUGGCUGUGGGAGUGUUAUCCAAUUGGCAGUAAUGGGUCCUGAACAAGAAAUGGCAAUUGUAUACCAUUGAUCAUGCAAAACAUUUGCCACAUGGCCCAAGUUCCUGUGAGUUUGCUUCUCUCUGAAUUUUUGUAUGAAUCUAUGUAUAAGAGAAAUAAUACAUAGUUUAGCCUAGUAGAAUUACAUUUGGCAUUUCACCUAUGCACAGCAAAUGAGAGGCCUGUUGAGAACAGCUGAACAGGCAGCAGGUGCAGGAUGUUUCACACCCUUGUUGGUUUUCUACUUUUUGGAUAUACCCGAUGCACUGAAACCACAUCCUGUAUGACUAACUCAGACUUCAAACUGCAUAUUAGUUAUGACACAUCCCUCCUCUGUGAUGGAGCUCCACAAGACAGACUUCAAGCAGAUGAUGGGACCAGCAGAACUUGUAAUAGAAAGAAGGGGAAGGGCCAAUCUCAGACUGUACUUGCUUUGUAUUUUGUGGCCUAAGAAUCCCCCUCCUUUUUUUCAAACUUGUUUUGAGUAGGAUGAGAGGAGAGUCCAGGCCUGGCAUCUGUACAAGUUCUCAGUGUGAGAAAUGGUGUGGUUAGUGAUGCUUAGAGAGAGGUAUGCAGAAAAUCUGCAUGCCCUAUCCUGUCCUGAAAAAGCCACUAUUUCUAUGGGAAGUAGAGGCCAGCAUCCCAAUACUGAAUGCUCCUGGGCCUAGUCUCCCAGCUCUCUCAAUCACUUCUUCCUCUAGUGGCAGCAUGUUGCAUGUUCUUCUCUUUCUGCUGAUUGUUGUUAUGGUUUUAAUAUAAUGUCUGGAGAGUUUGCUCUGAGAGAGAGCUGGCUUUGGGCAGGUUUUCUUUGUGCUUGCCCACUGUUUCCACUUUGAUCUGUUUUGCAGCCCAGUUCAUAAAAUACAGUUAAAAAACUUGCUAUCCUCAGCACAGCAUCAACUGGCAUGAACAGAUUUUGGAGUCCUUGUUUCUACUGUACCAUCCACAGCUGGCAUAGUAUACCAACAUAAUAUCCUAUAAUGUGGUAUGAAGGCCUAGAUCUGGUCAGUGACUGCAUAGAAGACCACCUAGGAACCACUUGUAUAUUUCCUUGGGUUUCAUGAUGGAAGAAAGGUGAAAUAGAAAUGUAAGGGGGAAAUGCACUGAAACUUCAUCUUUUUGUGGAAUAGUUUCUAAUUUUCUAAGGCUAUGUGCAGACAACAGGCAAUAACUAGUUUAUAUAAAGACUUGGAAGUGAUAUUUUAGACCAACCGUUGCCUUAUGGUGUGGACACUGAGUUGGAUCCAACUAAAUCAUUGUAUGAAUGGAAGAACUUCCAUGAGUGCAGUGGAACUUCCCCUCCCUUUUCUCCCCUAUGUGUCUCCCACACCACUCCCAAAUCUGCUCUAUAGGGUUGGGAGAACCCGCAGAGCAGAUUUGGGGGAGAGGUUCUGCUGUGCUUACGGAAGUCGUCCUGCUCACACAGUGAUUAAGUUGGAUACAAUCCAUUAACUUUCUGUGUCCCUGUAUGGUCAAACUAGUUUAGUAGGGGAGGAUGAGGAGGACUCCAAGUUACAUAGUGGAAUGGCCGACAGAGGUCAGCAAUCCCUAGAAAUGUGAGCCGUAUUAGACAGAUGCAAUAGAUACAUGUGUGACUGAAAGAGAUGCUUUUUUAGUAGAAUCCACAAUAAAUAAUACAUGCACACUUUCCCCAUGUCUAAAGCAUUUGGGGAACUUGAAUGUUGAAGGGUUUGUUUUUGUAUGGGACAUGGAGGAGAGCUAUCUACUGUAGGAAGAAAAAAAAUGCCAAUUUUCUUAGGAGUGAAACUGAAUACACUAGAAGUUGAUUGCAGCAGCCUACUAGCUUUUGACUUGCAGCAAGGUAUUUUCCCUGCCCUCUUUAUAUUAAUGUAAUUGUUGUGUGAAUAGUGUCAUAUGGUGUAGCCACUAGGUGGCACUGGACUUAUUUGUGUCUCUGUAGAGUAGGAAUUGGUUUCCUGUGGGUUUUGUUCUUGCUUCAAGAGGGACGGUAAAGUUUUUGUCUGGCUUCCUGAUUGGUAUGGCCUGAAAGUCUUCCAUGACAAUGCUGAAGCAGGCCUAGUACUGGAGUAGUAGUAAAGACAUAAAGCUCCUGUUGCUCUGGAUAAAUAGUCUACAUUCAGCUAAAAGCUCAGUUUCUUUUUGUACUUAUAAUUAUGUUGAGAUGAUCCUAGCGGUCAAAAAACCAGGUAUUUCCUAAAACCAACAGAACUUCAUAAGAGAGAUGAAUAAACAGGAAGUCACAGCUUUGUAUCCUGCUCUUCCUUAGUAAUGGAACUGUACAUGGGGUGAAAGCUAUUAUCAUUUUUCCUGUGACAAGAACCCUGUGACACAGAGUAGGGUGAGAGAAGGAAAGACUAGGGAAAGGUCAUCCAGUGACCUUCAUGGGUGAAUGGGGGAUUUGAACCCAUAUGUUCACAUUCUGCAAUACACUACUCUGAUUUUCCACAAAAUAAAGUCAAUCAGAAAAUUCCUAAAAACACUGAAGUGAAUAAAUAAUGUUGAUUCACUGAAAUAGGCAAAUCUAUUUGAUUGGCUCAUUCCCCCGCCCUUGCUAAAUAAAGAAUGGGAAAGGGGAGAAAUAGGGAUUCAGAGCAAUUGGCAAAUAAUAUGUCCACAAAGAGGAGCAAGAAAGUUUGCAGAAAGAUUAUGUGAAAACCGCAACCAGUUUUCCUUUGGUUUGUGACCCAUCAGCGGAGCCAUAACCACUCUUAAGUCAUUCUCUAUUAUGAAGACUAGAAACCUGCUUGUUUUUUGAGAAGAGAUUUUCAGGAUUCCAAAGGAUUUUACAGAUGCUACUGCAGAUAACAAAUUCGUUUUACUUGUGGUAUAAAUGAGCAUCAUGGAUGUUACUAGUCUCCCUGCAAUAUGGUUUAGACAAUGUUGUGUUCUGUUGAGUUCUCUAUCUCCUGUUGCUUUCCAGAGAAAUUUGGAAAUCUACCCUACCCAGGCUAAUUCUGCUUUCGUGAUGCCAAGGGGAACAGUUACUGAAUUAUGAGAACACAAAGAGUCUCAUUGGCACAUUGACAAGAAAUGCAUUCUGAUAUUGAUUGUAUUGGGUCAGCUCCAUUCUCAUGUGGUAACUAAGGUUAGAAUAUGAUCAUGUCAUAGUCCAUUUAGUUGCAUUCAUAAACUGACCUGGGCCUUCAGCCCAGGUUUCCCUGCUCAGAUUCCCAAUUCAAUUUUAUAAACAGUUCUGGUUCAGAGCAACAUUGCUCUUUGAAGGGGGGGGGGCACAUUAUUUGUACAGUGUACACAAAAGAUUGAAAUUAUAGAAAUUCAGUCUAAUCGUUUUAAAUAUAAUAUCCAUAUGCAAACAUGUUAUUGUAACUGAUAAACCUUAUCAAGUCACUGAAAAAAAUCCACAUGUUAAACGAUUGUUGCAACAAUAAUUCAUAAAUCAAACAAUCCCAAAUUCAGUCUUAGAUGACAACCUGGUCCUGUAACGUAUGAACUCCUGUCUUCGUUAGCUGCUAUUAUACGGCAUACAAGUCUUCAUUUUCAAUAUACUGUCAUGAGAGCUCAUCCAUAAUUAGCAAAAGAUAGUUUUGUUGCUCUUCCGAGGUUUUAGAAUAAUGGAGACUUUAGGUUAAAGUAUAAGAUCUUCUGAACAGAGACUCUUGUUUAUUUUGAUUUUUUAAUUGACACAAUUUUUAGCCAGUUUCGAAUGUUUAUAUAUGGACAUUCUAUUAAAGAAUUGAUUUGACUGAAUGUGUGUAUUAUCAAGUUAUUUAUUUGUGAGAGCGGAGCUGUUUUUUGGAGGUGUAUUUCUAAGGAUGCUCACUUACAAUCUGUCCCAUUACCUCGACCCCAAAUAUUAACUGUUAACCUGAAAAAUAAUGCUCAGCACUAGUGUUUGUUUUAAACAAUACUGAGAGCUUGAGCUUUUGGUGAUUGCUGUUUUAAUAUAAAAUUGUGUGGUUUGUUGUUUUAAAGCCUGUAAAGAAGAUCUUGAUGUGUGUGUAUGUACUUGCCGCACCCAAAAGGAAGAAGGCAAAUAAAAAGAACUACAGGUUUUUCAAA